AUGGGUGGGAAAAUUGGAGAAAUAGGGCUGAGAAAGAAAGAGAAUGUUUUUAGGGCUUUGAAAAAGAGGGACUUCAAUACCUAUGGUAGUCGUCGAAGCAAUGAUGAGGUAAUGGCAAGGGGUGCAUUUGCCAAUAUCCGCUUUGUUAACAAGCUCUUGAAGGGGGAGUUUAGCCCCAAGAUAAUUCAUGUCCCAACAGGAGAUAAACUCAAUGUAUAUGAUGCUGCAAUGAAGUACGAGGCCACCGGGCAGGACACUAUUAUCUUAGCUGGAUCAGAUUAUGGAAGCGGCAGCUCACGAGAUUGGGCGGCCAAAGGCCCAAUGUUAGUGGGAGUCAAAGCAGUGAUUGCUAAGAGCUUCGAGAGAGAAUCUGGUCGGUAUGGGAUCAUAACAUGUUGUUUCAAGGCUGGAGAGGAUGCUGAUACACUAGGAUUAACAGGUCUCGAGCGCCAUAAAAUUCACCUACCAAGUAAAAUCUGUGAGAUAAGAGCAGGCCAAGAUGUUACCAUCACAACCGACACCAGAAAAUCCUUCACAUGUUCUGUCCGCUUCAAUUCAAAGGUGGAAUUGGCUUUCUUUAAUCAUGGUGCAAUACUUCCAUUCAUCAUUCAAAACCUUAACAAGGAGUGAAGAACUUAGCUUCAAAUCAGUAACCUCUCCACUUUGCAAUCGACAUUGCUUGACCUCUUUAUAGGUUAUUGGGGAGGGGGGGGGGGGCUUCUGCAUAUGAUCACUAGCGGAGCAGAGAGGAUUUGCAUGUACCCCAAAGCAUUUUUUUUUAAAUGAAAAGAAGUGUGUUAUACCAUAUAUGUAAAUCUUGAAUAUAGUUAUUACAACACAUUAAUGUUGUUAAAAUUCGUAAAAA